CGCGCGCGCGUAGCACAGCAACGACGGCGCGGACAACCCGACAUUGUCCAUCGACACGACGAGUUCGACACCGAGAGACAGGCGCACGGAGACAACACGUGGGAGAGAUACAACCUACAGACACGUAGAGACACUGGCAGACACUUCACUGAGAGAGACACACAGACACGUCAGGGAGCGAGACACACCGCUACACGGACUCCAGUGGGCCCGGAUUCAGUCUUCGGGGUCAGAACAUCGGAAUCAGUCUUCGGGGUCAGAACAUCGGAAUCAGUCUUCGGGGUCAGAACAUCGGAAUCAGUCUUCGGGGUCAGAACAUCGGAUUCAGUCUUCGGGGUCAGAACAUCGGAUUCAGUCUUCGGGGUCAGAACAUCGGAAUCAGUCUUCGGGGUCAGAACAUCGGAAUCAGUCUUCGGGGUCGGCCGGUUCGGUUCGGCCCCGGGUUGAAGAUCGUCCCGAGGAUCGUGUGUGUGCUGGAGGCCGCUGGCAUGACGGCCGCAAGGGGCCCUGUGCCUGGUGAGGCCGCGGGGCAGGUCUCGGUGCUGGUGGUGCCCUCGGCGCAGGAGUUGGGCCGCGCGGUCCGCACCGACAUCGCGUGCCCCGUGCCGCGGUGCGGCCGCGCCCUGCCCAACGAACCCGCGCUUCGCAUGCACCUGGACAAGGCGCACGGCGUGAGGGAGGGCCCACAGCCGUCCGACAGACCGUCCCGCUCGUCAGAUGGCCGACCCAAGCUAUACUGCUGCCCUGUGCAAGGCUGUCCCAGAGGGCCAGGGAGGCCAUUCCCCCAGUUCUCCCUCGUGCGGCAGCACUACCUGAAGAUGCACGCGGAGCGGACGCACGAGUGCGGGGUGUGCGAGCGCCGGUACAGCACGCGCGCCGACCUGCGGCGGCACCAGGGCGACUGUGGCCGAGUGUUCAGCUGCUCCUGUGGCUGCCCCUACGCCAGCCGCACCGCACUGCUCUCCCACGCCUACCGCACCGGCCACGUGUUGCCGGAGGAGCACAGAGUGCCGCCCGGGCGCAAACGAAAGCUGGAGAGCCAGUCCAGCGUGCAAACCCCCAUGAGGGUGGUGUCGGUCACGCAGCAGCCCGAUGUUUACGCCGGUGACUCCACCCCCACGGCGCAAGACAUGGCGGCGGUACUACCACAGCAGAAGCCCGCCCCGGCGAUCGACAAAUCUUCCCCGAAGACGCCGGACGCCUGUCCGCCGGCGCCGAUCCCCUCUCCUGCGCGCGCCGCUCAGCAAGGCCCGUCCAUCGCCGCAGAUCAGGUGCGGGCGGCGGUCGCGCCGAGGGCGAGAGGGAGGUGCGUGGAGCAGCAUGCUGUGCGUGCAAAGGUCGCCUCCUCGAAACCGAAGUGCGAGAGCGACCCGCUGCCCACGCCGCCACCGCCACUAGCGCCGUCUGCUCCGUUGAGAACACCGUCCAAACGGUUGCUACUGCCCAAGCCGAGUGCGGUGCUGCUGAAGCUCUCGGUGACUCAGCGGGGGGCGGCGGCCCUGCUCGGCCACAGAGAGGGCAGCUCCAUCAAGCCCGUGGUGGUCGCCGUGGAUGAGGCGGGCACUAUCGUGAGCACGCUGGCGCUCGUCCCUGGCGCGUUCGGCGGCGCCAACGCCAAGGGCUCCAAGGGAGUUGGCGCUGUUUUGGACCUCGAUGGCAAGCAUUGUUUGCAGCCAGUCUCCACCGUAUCUAAUGCGUCACCGAAAGCGAUUACGUGCGAAGCUCAGACCGAGGUGUGCAUCAAUGAUAUCUAUGGUGCCUCUAACCCAUAUUCUUCAGCCACGAACACGUACUCACAUCCGCUGAAUUUCUUGGUCAGUGCAAAUGCGCAAACCGAUGUUAGCUUCACCGCCGUGGGUUCCGCGUCGAAUAGCGUUUGCACGCAAACUCAGCACAAUCCUCAAAGAACGACGUCCAGCUUUGCGGUACAGACGGAUUCAGGGCAAGACCAAAUACAAAUCACUAAGGUGACAGAGAAGCAAUUAAUUCCCAACGUUGCAUCGUGGGAUCCGAAUAGCAGAAAUAUUUCCUUGGGUCCAAAGCUUAGUGGUGGUACGUAUGACAUUUCAACACCGUGUAACGCUGGCAUAUUUGUUGGUGACAAUAACUCAACGGUGCUCGGCCUACUCAAGGAUCCUUCCAUGUACAACACUUUACACGCCAUGGCUAUGCUCGGCCAGGGUCUCAAGCUGAAUCAGUUGAGCACCCUCGAAUCGGUUGUUUGCGACAGGGCGACUGCGCCUGAAAAUACGAACACAGAUCCGAGCCAGAUGCGCGCUGGCUGUGCCAGCGGCGUGGACACGGAGACGCACACCCACGACUUUGAGUUGUACCUGGAGCAGCUGCUGUCGGGGGCGGCGCUCCCAUCCCACUCGCGAGACCGGGGUGACCACUGCAUCGCGCCCGGCACGCUGGACACGUCCGCCCAGACAGACACGUCGCUGGUGGCGCCGAACUCCGUAGCCCCCGAUAGCACGAGGGUGGACGGGGCUACCCAGACGUCGAUGAUGCUCGUAGACGACUUCAACAUGGAAAUGUUUGACAGUUACACCCAGACCGACCUGGAGGUUCUCUUACAGGACUCCUCCCUGGAAUUCCCUGCAGUCCGAGCUGGGUUUUCUGGAAACUGUGCUGAACUGCUGGAUACUCAGACCCAAACUGACCUUGGAAACUUUCUAGAGUACGCCUCUAGGCUGCCUGAGAGCCAAAUGACUUUUGCGUGCAACAGUGCCCUCAACACGGAGACACAGACCGACUUGUUUUUGCAGCGAGGGUCCUCCAUGGCGUGCCCUGAUUCUAUCGACCUCAAGGGCGAGAUGCUUGCACACCCCUCCAUGAUGCGGGCGGAUGUGCGCAGAGAUUCCUCGUUCUCCACCGACGACUCGGCAGGAGACAACGCACUGAGGCUGGACUUCACGUCGAGCUGUGUGCCUCUGCACAUUCAAACCCAGACGGAGCCCGGUGCGCCGCAGGAACAAGUCGCGUCAAUUCCCGAGCUCGACACUCCCGUGAUGAACUUCUCGGCCGAGUCCGGCUCGCUUUCCGGAGAGACACGGGCGGGAGGCAGCUCCCGCGCUCCUCUGAGCUCGGCCGAGACCCAGACGCCCCGCAACGACCUCGACGAUUUCUUUUUCACCAGCAUCGAGACGCAGACCAUGGAGGACGACUUCCUGCUCUCGGAUCUGGACUUCGGAGGCAUGGAGACGCCCUUCGGGUCCAUCGACGCACAGACCUCGCCAGGAUACGGCUCCUCGGCCGAGAGCGAGGAGUCGCACGCGGGGUCCAGGGCAGGCGCCAAGGCCGAUGUGCCCUCCAUUUUCCAGCACUUCCACUUUUAAUGCCGGCCGAUGGCGCUGGUUCAGCCACCCCGCGCGCAACGUCACUAGUGCGUUACUCGUGUCUGGUCAAUGGUGCCCACUCCAGCCCCCCUCCCCCCUCCUCCCACCAUGGCAGCUGUCGAGCAAUGUAAACGAUCCGUGUCUGAGAUGCCGUGGUGAAAUCAUUAAUAGUGAAUGCCACCCUCAGGGCAGUGGGGACCUGGUUUGUGUUACAGUGGCGCCACGCUACGACACCUCCGCCUGAUCCUCGGAUUCCCAGACGACGACGAUGCUGCUGCUGCAGGGAUGUUGCGGAUCCCCGAUAAAGUCGAAUCGGUGUUCCAUGUGAAGUUAAUUUAUUUGCACUUUGGG